AGGCCGUAGUUAGAUCUAAAAUGAAGUAAGUAAAUGUCUAGUCAGGACGAACAAAAGGAGUAGCACGUGUUUUUGAGCUGCUUGUUGUACACGGAGUGGUUCUUAUUAAUUUUUUUCAGUUUACAACAUCACGGACUGAAUCCUAAUCCUAAUCCUAAUCCUAACCCAGUCAUUGUUGCUUCAGCUACUUGCUUGAUUUAAGUAGAUUUUUAUCAUCAACCGAAAAUGACGUCGUUUGGUGCAACUACGACCUCCAGCAUGCCUGGAUCCAGCACCUCUGCCACAUCAUCCUCCACAACGAGGAGGAGAGCAGCAUCAUCGUCGACAACUAGAAUGGCUUUGAGGACGUUCGCAGCACUUGGUUGUCUUGCUUCGGCUGUGAUGGGGAAAGAAACGGAAAUACCAACAGCAACAGUGGAGGGGAGAAUAACCAUACCGCAGCCUUUCCGAUUGGUUAAGGACGUACUACUGCAUGUUUAUUUGAUUCAUAAUAAUCAUACUUAGAUGAAGAUGCAAAGCAGGCUCUACAUAAGUACUUACUAGCUUGGAGCGUCCGAUAACAUCCCUCCCACUAGGAUCCCCCUCCUCCCCAAAAUAAGAAACUAAGCAAGGCAAAGACGUAAGCGGUACGCGUUUUCAAAUUUCGAAAAUUUUCCACGUUUUGCCAUCGUUUGCGGAUUGGAUCUCGUGCGUUUGAAGUCAAGUGUUAAGAUCAUAAAACUUUUUGACUUUAAGCCCUUCCGCUGGAAUUCAACUUCUUGGAUUUGCAUUCUUCAAAUUUCGAAAAUCCUCCACGUUUUGCUGUCGUUUUGGGAUUGAAUUUUGUGCGUUUGAAGCGCUAAAGUCCUAAAGCUUUUGACUUUCAGCGCUUUCCCUGGCCUGAGGUUCAGCCUCUUGGAUUUCCGUGAUUUUUCAAAUUUCGAAAAUUUUCCACAUUUUGUUGUCGUUUUGGGGUUGAAUUCUGUGUGUUUGAAGUGCUAAAAUCUCAAAAUUUUUGAUUUUAAGGCCUUUCCCUGAGAUUCAAUCUCUUGGCUUCGCGUUUUUCCAAUUUCGACAACUUUCCACGUUUUUCGUCGUUUUGGGAGUGAAUCCCGUGAGUUUGAAGCGCUAAGACCCCAAAGCUUUUGACUUUAGGCCCUUUCUUUGAAAUUUAAUGCCUUGCCCUUGGCUUCGCGUUUUUCAAAUUUCGAAAAUUUUCCACAUUUUGUCGCCGUCUUGAGAUUGAGGCUCGGGAGUUUGAAGCGUUGAGAUCCCAAAAUUUUUGAUUUUAAGCCCUUUCCCUGAGGUUCAAUCUCUUGGCCUUGCGUUUUUCAAAUUUCGAAAGUUUUCCACCUUUUUCGUCAUUUUGGGAGUGAAUCCGUUGACUUUGAAAGGCUAAGAUCGGAGAGCUUUCGACUUUAAGCCUUUUCUCUGGAAUUUAAUUCCUUGGCUUCGCGUUUUCAAAUUUCGAAAAUUUUCCACGUUUUGCCGUCGUUUUGAGAUAGAGUCUCGCGAGUUUGAAGCGUUAAGAUCCUAAAGUUUUUGAUUUUAAGCCCUUUCCCCCGAAAUUCAAUUCCAUUGCUUCAUGGUUUUGCGGUUUCGUAAAUUCGUAAACUCAGAAAUUCAGAAACUCAGAAACUCAGAAGUUCAUAAAUUCAUAAAUUCACAAAUUCAUAAAUUCAUAAAUUCAUAAAUUCAUAAAUUCAUAAAUUCNGUUCCUAAGUUCCUAAGUUCCUAAGUUCCUAAGUUCCUAAGUUCCUAAGUUCCUAAGUUCCUAAGUUCCUAAGUUCCUAAGUUCCUAAGUUCCUAAGUUCCUAAGUUCCUAAGUUCCUAAGUUCCUAAGUUCCUAAGUUCCUAAGUUCCUAAGUUCCUAAGUUCCUAAGUUCCUAAGUUCCUAAGUUCCUAAGUUCCUAAGUUCCUAAGUUCCUAAGUUCCUAAGUUCCUAAGUUCCUAAGUUCCUAAGUUCCUAAGUUCCUAAGUUCCUAAGUUCCUAAGUUCCUAAGUUCCUAAGUUCAUAAGUUCAUAAGUUCAUAAGUUCACAAGUUCACAAGUUCAUAAGUUCACAAGUUCACAAGUUCACAAGUUCACAAGUUCACAAGUUCGGCGUUUGGGGUUUGGGGUUUGGAAGUGGGAGAGUGAGAGUGAGAGUGAGAGUUCGUAAGUUCAUGAGUUUGGGGUUUGGAAGUGGGAGAGUGAGAGUUUGGAGGGGUUGUUGUAGAGUUUUUUUUUAGCUAUAUAAUAUUGUGAUCUCCUCGUAAGCCCCUGUACCUGUAGUUCGUCUGAUCACCUUUCUGAAGACUCCUUGAUUUUCAAAAAAAUCUUACGUAUCUCCCAUCCACCCAACUACAGCUUUAUUCGCAGAUAAAGAUGGUUCUCUCAAACAACGUCGACACACGAGUAGUUUUCCCCGAUAGUAAGGGAAAGUUUUCGAUACCAGACGUGAUGGCGGGAGACACUUAUUCUUUGGAAUUGCAUCAUCCAGUGCUUUGGUUCGAUAGUAUAGUCGUGGACGUCGGGCGUUCUCCAGAUGCCCACAACACAGACACUCACAACCCAGCAGAUGCAAAAGUCACCCCGUAUUUGACGGAUUUGCUGUAUGGAAGGGGAAAGAGAUUGAGGUACAACUUGGAGUUGUUUUCCAGCUGAUCGCUGUCUAUUUAGCUGUUCACAGAUAAUCUCCUCUAAUUUCAUGAUGUUCUCUGAAGGAAUUGUGAAGGUGAUGACUUGAUGUCAUCUGGUUAUCCGAUUCCGACUUUAAAUAUUCUCCUGGUCCAUCGAUUCUUCUUUCUUACUAGACCAUUCUCAUUAAUGUAACCAAAUGUGGUUCAACAUAUCCAUCUUUCUACAUCAGAUAUCCCCUCGAACUCGCUCCAAGCACAGUGAAGAUGUAUUUCAACGAAAGAGAAGAUUUCAAUCUUCUGAGUCUAUUUCGAUCACCGAUGGUGUUGAUGAUGGGUGUCAUGUUCGUUUUCAUCUACCUAAUGCCCAAGCUGAUGCCAACACCGGAAGACGAAGAACCUCCAAAACGCGCUGUGGGGAAUGCGAGACCAAGAGGAGGUAAAACAUUUAGACAUUUAGAUAGCUGUAUUUACAAAACAUUUGGAUCAUGUUGUUUGGUCAUUACUAGCAUCAUUUUGAGUUAGUAGAAGUUUGAAGCUUAGCCAAUUGACGAUGCUCAUUUUUUCGAAAUAAUCAGAUGUAGAACUGACCAAUGCGAAGGGCGGAAAGCGAGUUCCAGCGAACGCGGAUUGAUGAGUAUUCACAGUGUUUGGAAGAUUGAACCUCCCUGUCCCAUGUAUCCUCGCGUCCUUCCCGUCUACAAACAAGACAACAUUUCAAACUUGUUCUCCCCAAUGAACAUGACCCUUUGAUAUCUUGAAACCUGACAACAUAACGCUAACGGCGGGGUACUUCUUUAGUAUCGCUUGUCACAUGAUACGCAAAAACGAAG